AGGCGGAGUUGUCAAGCUCUUGUGGGUAGUUAGAGUAGGGCGAGCUUGCGACUCUGGGAGCUCGGGUGCUUCCAGCGCUUGUCGGGGGUGUGGGAGGAGCAAGUGCCUGGCGUUCGGCAGCAUCACGACGUAUGUGCAGGCCAGUCCCGCCAGAGUUAGGCUGUCGGUGAGCGCGGGCUGUGCCUCGGGUCCAGCAUCUUCAUGGUCCUUUCCUAGGAUCUGACCUGGAGAGGCGUGGAGCACAACGCCUGCCGGUCAUCUGUCGGGCCCAUUCCGGAUUUCUAGCAGGCUCCUGACGUGUGAGGAGACCCGGCCGAGCCAAGGCUGGCUAUGAAGAACGACUCCUCGACUUCUGCAGCCCCCAUGAAAGGGCUCGUGGGCCCUUUGCGGAGCAGCGAGCCUGCGCGUGCCCUUCCGGCUGUGCCACCCGCGGUGUACCUGCUAGAGGAGGCGGCCGACCUGUUGGUGGUGCAUCUGGACUUCCACGCCGCAUUAGAGACUUGCGAACGGGCUUGGCAGAGCUUGGCCGAGGAGCCCACAAGUGGCACUGUUGUGGAGGUGAAGUGCUCCCUGUGUGUCGUGGGGAUCCAGGCUCUGGCAGAAAUGAAUCGGUGGAGAGAAGUCCUGUCCUGGGUCCUCCAGUAUUAUCAGGUUCCUGAAAAGCUUCCUCCCAAAGUCCUGGAGCUAUGCAUCCUUUUAUACAGCAAAAUGCGAGAGCCAAGAGCUGUGCUGGCUAUGGCUGAUGCCUGGCUCCAAGACCCAGACAACCAGGGCCUUCCUGAGUAUGGAUCACUGGCAGAACUCCACCUGCUCCGGGUGCUGCUACCCUUGGGCCGCUUGUCAGAGGCUGAGGGGCUGGCAGUGGGCUCUGCAGCUUUCAGCGAAGAGCAGCGGGAAGCAGUGCUCCAGGCCAUCUGCACAGCAAGGCAACAGCACACACGGGAGCAUUUGAGUUCUCAGGAGCAGCAGCAGAUGAGCCAGGAAGGUUCUUUCUCCCAUAAGCUGAUGUCACUGCUGAGGUUGCUUCGCCGGCUUUGGGACGCUGCGGCGAGCCACCUCCUCUCUCAGCCCUUCAAAAAGAGCCUCCUGGCCGCCUUGAUCCUCUGUCUCCUGGUUCUGCGGUUUGACCCAGCAACCCCUUCUUCACUGCCCUUCCUGUACCAGCUGGCCCACCUCUUCCGCCGGAUCCAGAAGGCCACGCUCUCUCGGCUGUACCCGCUUGCCCUCCGUGACUGAGUGGUCCUCCCCUGGCUGCCUUGGCCUCUCACAGUCCACAUCUACAGAAGCAGCAAAGUUGAGUCCAGUGGCUGAGCCCCAGAUGGCACCGUGGGAGUGGGCCCACGUCAUUCUAGAAAGAGUGACCAAGGCAGGUGAGCUGUGGCUUGCUGCCUUUGAGCCCUCCCUUCUGGCAUCCCAUGUGGCUGGCCUCAAAGGGAAUGAGGAAAUAGUGGCUCCUGAGGCCCAGCUACGCAGAACAGAGGUCUGGCUGCCCAGAGCAGUUGUUACCUCUUACUGCAACAGCUCCUCAAAAAGGAGGGGCUCUGGAGCAGGAAAUGUGUCUCGAAACAUCCCUGUUUUCUUGACAAAGGCAGAGGGUGACUUUCCAGGUCAGGGUGCUAACGGGGCUAGCUGGGAGUUCACACAUAUCUGAUGGAGAAGCCUUCGCUUCUGAAAAACUUACCUCUGAGAAUCGCGCCACCGGGCAGUAUUUGAAUUCGAGUGAAACCAGAGCCGCCUCUUCUCCCAUUCUCCUCCCACACAUGCCAUCCCCUCCCACUGGUCCUGCCGUGGGGCAAGAGGCAUCUGCUUGAGGCAUUUUGCUAUUCAGGCAGAAUGUGGCUUCUGACCCACCCAGGUGACCACUGGGAGCAAAGUGAGCCUGCCCGACCUUAUCUCUGGGGAAUGUGAUCUUUCUUGGUGCCUCUCAGUCUUACUUAGCUCAGCUUUCCAGUAUGCCAGGGGCCAAGCACAACUCUCGUGGACCCACCGUCUUCUCACUGUACCCCACCACCCUUUGACCCGUCCAGCUCACUUUGUCUCAUCCCUGUUUCUCCCUGGUGUACACUGUGGCAGGUCCUUUCUCUGUGCCCUGUUGUCCUAGUUGUGGUCUCUUGUUUGUAAAAUGCCCAAGUUUCUUUGCUUGUGUGGUGUGAAAAGUAGGCCAGUGUCAGAGCUGAGAGCUGAAAAUGGAACUGGGUAAUCAGGUGAGCUGGAAGAGCUGUGGGGGCUGAUGGGGGCCAAAGGGACAGACCUCAGGGAGGAGGCACCGGGCAUGUUUCAGCAUUUCUUUUGAUGGCCACAAACGUCUUGUGUGUUUCUGUGUAGGUAAAUUGUAUUUCAUUCUGGUGUGACCUCUAUGGAGGCCCUCAGCCGGCCAUCUGUCACACAAUCUCUGUCAGAGUGGAUGAUGAGAAUGCAGAGAGGGUUUGCUAGCUUUUUGCUGGUUGAUUUUAAGGAACUGUGUGAGUCAACAGCUUUUCCUUAGAAGAGGAAACUUCACAGAUAUUUAGAACUCCAUCUGCAUCCUGAAGACUUGGGAGCCAUGACAGCCUUUCCCUAUCAUUUUGUGUGUGACCUUUAAAUAGACCUCGGAUGAGUGGGGAAAGAAAAGGAUCCAGGAAGGGCAGAGACCCCUUGUCAAUGGCUCCUCCCUCGCUUGCUUUUGAGAUGGCAGACUCACUGUUGUUGCCCAAUUUGGCCCAGAACUCCCGGGCUUGAAUGAUGACCUCCACCCACCAGCUUCUUGGACAUUUGUGACUCAUGCACCUUAUGAGAAUGGUUUUGAAAUGAGAAUCUGGACAUUCACUGCCCUAGGAAAAACCUCUUAAUAGCUUCCAUGGUCCACAGGAUACAAAUCUAGAUUCUUAUUAGAAACUUAGGCCCCAUGUUUGGGGGUUUGGCUGGCAGCUCCUUUGCUAUGUUACCCUGUUCCCUGGGCAUACUGCAUUCUAGCUGCCAGGCCUUCCUCAGGCCUCUCCAUGGUGGCUUAGCUGUUACUCCAGCUCUGUCCCAGGAGACCCUUGGCUUUUCAGGCUUGCUCAGGGUUUACCUAACAUCCUUCACUAGCUCUUUCUGCUUCCCCAGCCCCUGUCUCAUGCUCCUCCUGCACUGGUGGUGACUUGGUGGUGGUGGGACUGUUUGCCUUGCCAGUGCUGUGAGCUCUUUGAAGCUGCAGAACAAACCUCACAUUCCUGCUCUGCUGGGUGGGUGCUGCUGGGCAGAAUUCCACCUUCUCAUCUGUAAGUCAUCCCUCAUCUCACAGGGACUUACAUGAUGAACUGGGCACUUAGGAAGCUUUUUGACACUUUUCUCCUGCCCCAAGGAAGAGUUCUUGUGAGUGGUGGCUGGGCUGAGGCCCAGCUGAGCAUGCACCAGUGUUCAGAGGGGUGAACGAAUGGAUGAUCAAAGCAGGCACAUACUUUCGGAACUUGUGCUAUGCUAUGAAGCCCUGAACAUAUAGCUUGAUUGUGCCCAGCUUGUCUUUCUGCUCUCCCCUGCUGUUCCUCACUGUUGUUCUCCUGGUGGCCUGUGGGGCUCUGGUUAUUGUCUUGAAUGCUGCAGGGCUGUCUGUACCCAGCCCUAACCACCUGCCUGUCAGGUGAGGAACUUGCAACCGAAACCGCUGCUGUCUGUUACUUUGGCCUUUCCAAGGAUGUAGGCUGGUCCUCAGCUCUGGGCGUAGCAAGGUCAAAGUGAAGGGUGGGCCUUCUUGGUAGAACAGUACAGGAACCAUCAGCCAAAGAUGACUUUUGAGCAUGAUGUGGCUCAUCUGUGUAAGACACAUUCUGUCAUUGUAAAACAUACACACUCGAUUUCGAAGACCAAGCACUAAAACAUACAAACAAAACUAAAAUAAAAGAGUGGAAAUACAAAGAUUUUUUAUAUUGA